UGUGCGCGCGCGCGUUCUCCACCGUGUACCAGUCUGAGCGCACGGCGGAUCUCCUCACUUUAACCCGAGCCAUGGCUUGAAUUACAUUACCAGCAGGCUAUACUAUUAUAGAAUGGUGUUCUUUUAACCAACAUGCGACGCCCUGCUCUGUUCUUCUGACCUGAUAAACAGCCAAUACCCCGGUCGGUUUGGAUUAAUUUUCUGCGCAUCAUUUGGACGGCCGUCUCUAGAAUGGAGCACAUCAGAACACCCAAGGUGGAAAAUGUUCGCAUGUUUGAUAAACUGACCCCCAGGAAGUCUAUGGUGGGAACAUUAUACCUGUCAUCCACUCACACUAUAUUUGUAGAGAACUCGGAGGCCCGCAAAGAGACCUGGAUCCUGCACAGUUUGAUGGGUAAUGUGGAGAGACUCCCGACAAAUCCAUCAGGAAGCCCUCUCAUUAUCCGCUGUAAGAACUUCCAUGUUUAUAGACUGCUGAUCCCACAGGAGAAGGACUGUCUAGAUGUGCUGGCUUCCCUCACACGUCUUUCACAUCCAGAGCGCUAUGGAGAGCUCUUUUGCUUCUCUUUUAACCCCAACCUGGAUAAAGAGUUAAGGGAAAAGUCCUGGGCCUUCAUCGACCUGAAGGCAGAAUUCAUUCGAAUGGGAAUACCCAGAAACCUCUGGCAUGCCACAGCAGCCAAUCAUGAGUACAGAUUGUGUGACACUUACCCGUCGGACCUGUAUGUGCCAAAGUCAGUCUCUCCUGCUGUCAUUGUGGGCAGUGCCAAGUUCCGGAGUCGAGGACGUCUUCCUGUUCUCUCCUACUACCACAGAGAUUCCAGUGCAUCAAUCUGUCGGAGCAGUCAGCCUCUUUCUGGUUUCAGUGCACGCUCCUCAGACGAUGAGCAGAUGCUGCAGGCCAUCAUGAAGUCAAACCCUGUCAGCGAGUUCAUGUAUGUGGUGGACACAAGGCCAAAGCUGAAUGCCAUGGCUAAUCGUGCUGCUGGGAAGGGCUAUGAGAAUGAGGACCACUACACUAACAUAAAACUGCAGUUCAUUGGCAUAGAAAACAUCCAUGUCAUGAGGAACAGCCAACAGAAGCUUAUAGAUGUUGGUGAUCUCGUGGCUCCCACCAUGAGUGAUUUCCUCUGGGGUCUGGAGAACUCUGGGUGGCUAAAACACAUCAAAGCAGUACUAGAUGCUGGAGUAUUCAUUGCAAAGGCAGUGGCGGAGGAGGGAGUGAGUGUUCUGGUGCACUGUUCAGACGGGUGGGACAGAACCGCUCAGGCCUGUUCGGUGGCCAGUGUACUACUAGAUUCAUACUACAGAACGAUCAAGGGACUGAUGGUUCUGAUUGAAAAGGACUGGAUGUCAUUUGGACACAAGUUUUCCCACAGGUACGCUCAUCUUGACGGUGACCCUAAGGAGGUUUCCCCAGUUAUGGACCAGUUUCUGGAGUGUGUGUGGCAGUUGAUGCAGCAGUUCCCCUGUGCGUUUGAGUUCAAUGAGCGAUUCCUCAUACAGCUACACACACACAUCUACUCCUGCCAGUACGGGAACUUCAUCGGCAAUUGCCAGAAAGAAAGGAGAGACUUGAGGUUACAAGAGCGAACACACUCUUUGUGGCCACACCUGUGGGAUAACAGGGCCGAAUACACAAACCCUCUGUACAGGACAGACCACAGUCAGACACAGGGUGUUCUGAAACCUCUCACCACUGCCUACUGCUUCAAGUUUUGGAAGGGGAUGUACGGCCGUGCAGAGAAAAGUGUGACCUCACAGUCUCCAGCCGAUUGCCUGAACGCAGUAAGGGAGGAGUCACAACAAUUGGAGGAGGAGCUUAGCACCCACCAGGAGAGAAUUGUCGAGCUGAAGGAGAAAACUUCAGGGGAGAGGAAGGAGACCAAGAAGUUGUCUGAACGGCCCCGCCGUCCAAUUCCAAGCGAGCGUGAACUCGGCAGCCCACUGGACUAUUUCACUACACUGAGAAGUGAGAAACACACUCCUCCUUUCACACUGCCACUAGAGCUAGCAGCCCAACCUAAGAGCGGUGACCCCGAUGACCUUUCAACCUGCAGCGAUUUUGAGUCAGGCGUAGCUGACCUCAGUAGCCACUCCUCCAGUGCUGGAGACGACGCAAAGGCCCUUAUUAGGAUAAGGUGGUCAAAACAAACACCUGAACUAAACAGAACUGGUGACAAUGAGGGAUAAAAGCACAGAAACCAGUAUCAAACUGGGAGCUAUGUUGUAUUUUUAAUGUUAUUUUAAUUUUUCUUUUUAAAUCUGUGUGUGAAUUUAUAUUUAAUUAUGUGCACAAUAUCCAAGAUGGUCUGGCAAUAAGACCGCAUUCCAUUAUAGUAAAGUUAUUUCCUGUGUAAUGUUUUGGGUUGACUGUAUAUUUUAUGCGUAAUUAAUUUAUUUCCAUAACUAUGUACGGAACAGCAUAUUGAAAUACUACUCGUAGUAAUACGCAGAACAUAUAUCAGAUAUCAGAAUACAUUUGCUAAAAUACCCACAGCUUAAAAUACUGUGUCCCACAAAGCAAUGCAUAAACUGGAAUGGCUACAUUUUUUUUAAUCAGCAUUCUUGGUUACCAAUAGGUUUUUUUUUAUUAUUAUUUGUCUGAGAAUUUUUUUUUUUUUUUUUAACCUAUGUUACAUGCUUUCUAAUUUCACAUACUAUAUACAGCAGGAAGAGAAUGCUAGGAUUCCAUUUCAAACAUAGCCCAUAUCCUCAAGGAAUUUGGUCUGUGCCUAUCAAGACUAUUAGAUUUCCACCUGUGUGUUUCAUUGGUAUUCAAAGGAACUCUUAAAUAGAAAUUGUGAGAAUUUGCUGUAUAUGUGAAAACAAGAACUGUAUGUCAACCACACUACCUUUACUUCCCAUUUCAGUAACUAGGCAUACUCUGACACAUAGACAAUCAAUCCCUCACACAUCCACAUGAUUAACUUUUCAGCUAUACCAGUAGAUUUUGUCUGGAACAUAUGAAUAUAGGGCAAAAAAUGCUCUCAAUAAAAUGUUUGACAAACAACAAACAAAAUUACAGCAUAUCUGGAGCCAAUUUUUGCUGAGAAUGCUUGCGUUAAAUGGUGUAUCUGGGUACUCAAGUUAUUGUCAUUCUUUGAUGAACAUUAUAGUGAAAUGUGUAAUUAGCACCAUUAGCUCUUUCCCCGCCAAUGUUAUUUAAAAAAAAGUUGCCAAUCACCUUCAGGAUUUUA